AUGGCUACUAUGGCAGAGUUCAUUCAACAGUCUGAAGCGAACGAUGGUGUUCGCUUCUCUUGGAACGCUUGGCCAAUAUCUCGCUUGGAAGCAGCUCAGAGUGUGAUUCCAAUCGCCUGUUUAUAUACUCUAUUCAAAGAACGUUAUGACCUCCCACCAAUCAACUACGAACCUGUAGCUUGCGGUCGAUGUCGUGGAAUACUGAACCCUUAUUGUCCGGUGGGUUUGAACGCUAUGACUGCACUCAUCGCAUAG